AUGGAACCAAAAGGCAGAAGGGGAAGCUCCACACAUGCUCAAUCCUUCUUAAGCAGAUGCAUUUUUGCUGCUGCCACCAUCACCCAUGAACAUCAGAUUCCAGAUUCUCCAGCCUUUAAACAUAGAGCUGCACCAGCAACCCUCCAGUUGGCUUCCAGGUCUUCAGCAUUGGACUGGGGCUGGAUCAUUCUUCGUCCUUGUGCUGAUGCUCCAUAUUCUUCACCUGAGCAGCUCCUGGUUUCCCUGGCUCUCCAACCUGCAGAUGGCCAUUGUGGGACUAUUGAUCCUCUGAACAUAGGAGAAAUGAAAUCAGAAUUAGAAGAGUUAAACCUGCUCAAGAUCAUAUUGCUAAAAGUUACAUCAGGGAGGACCGCGGAGGAGCGAGGGGAGGCACGCAUUGGGGGUCCUGGGGGGAAGAUCAACCGGCCCCGAACGGAGCUGAAGAAGCAGCUGUUCAAGCGCCGGCGGGUGUUGAACCGGGGGAAGCGACUGAAGCAUCAAGUGGUCGGGGCUGUGAUAGACCAAGGGCUGAUCACGCGGCAUCACCUCAAGAAGCGCGCAUCCAGUGCACGUGCCAAUAUUACUCUGUCAGGGAAGAAACGCAGACUCCUACAGCAGAUCCGGCUCGCUCAGAAAGAGAAGGCAGCAAUGGAAGUGGAAGUCCCUUCAAAACCAGCCAGGACUAGUCAACCACAGCCCAAACGACGAAAGAGGAACCCCCGCCCCCAGGAUGUAGACAUGGAGAAUCUUGAGGAUGCAAGCUAAAGUUCUUACCUCUUCCGCCAGGCCAUAUUUUCAACUGGAGCCAGCAGGAUUUGGUGGUUGUUUCAGAGGAUUUUGAAGAAAGCAUUACCUGCUUUCACUCAUCCCAGUUCCUCUUACAUGAUGGCUUACUGACUUCCCCUGGAGAGAUAUGUUGAGAGGGAAGAGGGUAGAAAAGAAAGAUUCUAGAGGGCCCAACUUCCGUUUAUAAUAAAUCCCUAGAGCUCUG